AGUGCAUGUUGACCUGGCUCCAUUUUCUGAUCCCAUCCACCCAUUACACUCUCCCAUCCGCAUACUGUUAUUUAUUUAUUACACCCCCCUGCUCGUAAACAUCUUCACUCCCUGUCCUCUUUUGCCAACCUGACAUGAGUGAUCCCAACAAAUCAUCGGUCCUGAGUUCGCAAGUUCUUGACAAGGAGACGGUUCCUUGCAACAAGGUGAAAGAGAUUCGGCAUCGGGUCCUACUUUCAACGGCCAUGAAGCUCAUAAAGCCGGCGAUCGCUUCUGAACACACCUGCGAGAGAGCAAUGGAGGCCCUGAAGAGUACCAACGGGAACCCUGAAAAGUACAUACAAGACCGCGAAGACUCCCAUUCCGAUGGCUCAGAUUCUGAAGCUGAAUUAGAUGAAGAUUCUGAGCCUGAAUCAGAUGAUGAUGAGGAUCUCGAUGAUUCUGAGCCUGAAUCAGAUGAUGAUGAGGAUACCGAUGAUUCUGACUCAGAUGACGAACAGGAUGAUGAUGAUUCCCCGUGCCAAGGCCAGAACUUCCCUGAGCAACCUAAUGACACGGGGAAGUUCUGGCCUUGGCACGGGGAAUCAUCAUCAUCCUGUUCGUCAUCUGAGUCAGAAUCAUCGGUAUCCUCAUCAUCAUCUGAUUCAGGCUCAGAAUCAUUGGGAUCCUCAUCAUCAUCUGAUUCAGGCUCAGAAUCUUCAUCUAAUUCAGCUUCAGAAUCUGAGCCAUCGGAAUGGGAGUCUUCGCGGCCUUGUAUGUACCUGAUAUUGCUAUCGCAUAUGUAA